AUGACUAGUACUAAUCGUCAAACAAGUAAUAAUACAAAUGCUAAUCGUUCAACAGCUAAUGGUCAACCAGCACGAACAUGUCAAUUUAAAAUGGUUCUAUUAGGUGAAUCAGCUGUUGGUAAAUCAUCAUUAGUACUUCGAUUUGUUCGAGGACAAUUUCAUGAAUAUCAAGAAUCAACUAUUGGUGCAGCUUUUCUUACGCAAACUGUCUCUGUCGAUGAUACAACAGUUAAACUUGAAUUAUGGGAUACUGCUGGACAAGAAAGAUAUCAUUCAUUAGCACCAAUGUAUUAUCGUGGUGCUCAAGCAGCUAUUGUUGUUUAUGAUAUAACAAAUGCGGAUACAUUUAGUCGAGCUAAAGUAUGGGUUAAAGAAUUACAACGUCAAGCAGCUCCAAAUAUUGUUAUUGCUUUAGCUGGUAAUAAAGCAGAUUUAGCAACUAAACGUCAAGUUGAAGUUGCUGAUGCUCAAACAUACGCAGAUGAAAAUGGUUUAAUAUUUAUGGAAACAUCAGCUAAAACAGCGAUGAAUGUUAAUGAUAUAUUUAUGGCAAUAGCAAAAAAAUUACCUAAAAAUCAAGAUACAUCUGCUGGACGAGGGCGUAAAGAUGAUAAAUCAAUAACAGUUGAUCGACCAGGAAAUCAACCACCGGCUGGAAAUGAUGGAGGAUGUUGUGGUGGUAGCACUAAGUAA